GCCAUUUAGAUAUUUUCUCAUGCCUCUGUCUCCUUCCAUGGCUGCUUUUCCUCAAUUCUAUUCAAACUACUCAAUAUUCCCCGAUUUCACGGAGUUUCAAACCCAAGGUUCUUCCAUUAAUGGCAAUAACGUUAAUAACUUCUCAGUUAUAGAGAACAGAAUGUGUGGUGUCCACGAUAGCUUCAACCAUAUUCCCAGUGGUGCACUGAUCGAUCAUGUUUCUUCAGUAUUGGAUUGUGAUACUAUGGCUUCGUCUUGGUUUCCUACGUUUUCCGAUCAGGUGGGGGGGAGCUUACCUGAGUUGGCCAUUCCAGUGAUUUACGGCACCGUCGACGGUGGUUUUCAGGGUCUGAACGGCGGCGGAUACCAACCACCACAUCAUCUGGGCGAUUUCGUUGAAGAAUGUUGUGGGUUUGUGGAGGAUAUUAAGCCACCUUCUUAUCCUAAUUCUGCCACUGAGAAGUGGGGAUCAUAUCAAGGAAAUCAAAUGGCAGCAGUUGAGGAACCAAACAUGAAGGUAGGACGAUACUCAGAAGAAGAAAGGAAGGAAAGAAUUCUGCGAUAUUUGAAGAAAAGAAACCAAAGAAACUUCAACAAAACGAUCAAGUAUGCAUGUCGGAAAACUCUAGCUGAUCGGAGAGUCAGAGUUAGAGGAAGGUUUGCCAGAAACAACGACCUCUGUGAGGAUGAAAUCUCCAUGAAGAAGAAUGAGAAUAUUACUCACAAACAGGACCUGUACGGUGGUGAUGAUUCCAUCCAAUUUCAGAUAAGGAACGAUGAGGAGGAGGAAGAUUGGCUGCAAGAGGCAAUGGCGAGUUUGGUGUAUUUGUCUCAUUCUUCGCCUGACGAUAUGUAGAGCAUCGAUAUGAAGCUAGUUCGAGUAAAAGAGAAGAUAAAUUAUAAGUGGGCUAUAGAGAAUAGAAGAGGGUUCACUAAUUAAUUAUUAGCGUUUAAUUUUGAUAAUUAAGCACGUAGAUGAAACUUUAAUUGCAUGGCGGUGUAACUUAGCUGCUGUACAUUAAUUAUUUAAUGAUAAUAUAAUUUUACUUCAAAUGA